AAAUAGUGGGAGAUAAUAGGGCGCAACGCUUGUUCUUAAAGCAUAUUUUCAUUCCUAAAUACAUUUUUUUCGCACCAGCGAAAAAAGUGCCUACGAUAGGAAUUAAACAGACAAUUUACUUAGCAUAUAGUGCUAAACAAGCAGAAGAUUAUUUCAGUUUUUAUUUUUACAGUGUUUUGCUGUCUUGUGCAAGUGGGGCUCAUUUGCAUCAGCUACAGCCAUGAGACGUCGCAGUGAGCGAAAAAAAUCGACAUCUCCCUCACCAUUGCCGGCUCGACGUAGCCGCCGAUCUCGUAGAGUAUCAGAAGACGAUAAAACCGAGGAUGAAACGUUGGGACAGAGUCAAAAUAAAAGCGAUGCCACAAAAGAGGUCUUAUCGGCAAAAACGGCUGCUGUAGAAAUCAAUGAGAAUGAAAGCAGUCAACAUGAACGGGGGGAACGUGCCUCCAGUGAAGAUCAUGCUGGUGCAGCUUCAGCGUCUCCAGUGCGAAAAAGUCGCAGCACGCGCACAACUCCGAAGAAACGUUCUGAUGGUAAAACUAACGAUCGUAAAGUGGAGAGUAUACCAGAAGAGGAGGCCGAGAAUGGCACAGAGACGGCUCCAGCUCAGCGGGAUGAUGCCAAAAGUGAGAAUGGCGAUGAGAAGCCACAACCACCACCAACGGCAUCUUCUGAGACCAUUAUAGAGCCGGAGAGCAUCGUGCAACCCCAAGUUUCAGAAGACGAUAAACCGGUAGAAGACAAAGCCCAGAGCAAGAAUCAUAGGGAUGAUGAGGAUGAGAACAACGAACAAGAAGUCGACGAGAGGAAGGAGAAAGGAGCAGAGCCAACAGAAGAGGUAAAAGUUCCAUCUCCUUCAAUUAGCUUAACAGCCAAUGCGGAUCAGGAGCAACUAAAAACUUCAAGCGAUGUAUUAGACAUUCAGACAGAAGACGUUGAAGAAAAGGAUGAAGGCGCAGCCGCUUCCAAAUCCCGAGAGAAGAGAAAGAAGAGUCAAAAGGUAGCACCAAGAACUAGUAACGAUGACGGCGAAAACAUCGUCAAGGACACAGGUACCCACAGCAGAGUGGAUGAAGUUGGCAAGGAGAAUCGUAAAGAAGAAGCAAAUGAAAUUCAAGGAAAGGAAAUCUCUGAUGCGGCCAAAGAGGAGCCAACAAGCCAAUCAACACCAACAAUAACAACAACAACAACAACCACCACGGAGGAAACAGCAUCAUCUCAGCGUUCAGUACGCAAACGGAAAUGGUUGACCAAUAAAACCAAGUCAGAUCGUGCUCCCCCAGUGCUAGCUAUUUCAACGGAUUCACUAAAAAAUAUAAUUGCCGAUGUGGUGCAACCAGUUCCACUGAGUGAUGUACAGCUGGAAUCAUCCUCUGAGGAGGAAGGUCUUGUUACCUCCGAUCACGAAUCGGAUGAGCGACCUUCGCGUUCCCAUUCCCAAUCCCUUGCCCGUUCAAUGUCACCCGCUCAGUCUGAAGUAGUUCCAAAAUCGAGAAAAGAACGCAUCAGUACGGAUGAUCACGAUCAAGAUAUUAAUUCGGGCAAGGGAGGCAAGGUGCUCCAAACACCGGCACAAACUCCAGCCGUUCCACUUGGUGGACCAGCUCCAGCGCCUGCUCUUAAUAAAGUUGUGCGAUCCGAACCGAGUCCAGCCCGCAAUCGAAGUAGCCAUGUCCUCUACAUAACUAAUUUAGUGCGGCCCUUUACAGUGCUUCAGCUAAAGGGUCUCUUGGCGCGGACUGGCAAAAUUAUUGAGGAAGAUGGAUUCUGGAUAGAUCGCAUUAAAUCCAAAUGCUAUGUGGCAUACGCCACCGAAGACGAGGCGAUUGAAACCCGUCAUGCCCUUCAUGGAGUACGAUGGCCUGUAUCGAAUCCCAAAUGUUUAAAUGUGGAUUUCGGUAGUCGCACUGACAUGGAUCGUUGCAUUCAAUCGACCAAGGAUGAGGCACCGAAAUAUGGACAGGAAAACACCAGGGAUAAUCAACAAUCGGGCAACGCUUGGUCACGUCUAGAUGCAAGUGAAAAAAAGCCGGUUGCUAGGCCAGUGCGUGAAUGGGAUGUGGGUAAAAAGGAGCCCAACGAUCGCGAUAACAACAACAGCAAUAGCAAGGCAACCAACGAGAGGCGUCGGGGCAGUAGCAAGGAGCGCACGGAUGCACGUUCACGCUCGGAUGCCGAUCGAUCCACCACUGGACAGGAACGGAAACGCUCGAGGGAGAGAGACCGUGGAGGGCGUGAUCGCAGUGACCAUGCGCGUGAUCGUAGCCGCAGCGGAUCGCCAGCGGCAAAAACAAAAAGGAAGGAAAAUGAACCACCCAUUAGGCUAUUAGACGAUCUAUUUCGCAAAACUAAGGGUACACCUUGCAUAUAUUGGCUGCCAUUGACGCCGGAAGCUAUUGCUGAAAAGGAGGCUUUACGCCAAAAGCGAAUCGAGGAGCAUAAACAGCGGAUUAAGGAACGAGAGGAACGACAAAAGGAGCGUGAUAAUACUACACGUCGAAAUCGUUCCAAUGAAAGGCGACGAUCACGCAGUCGCGAACGGGAGAGACGACGUUAUUAGACAGCACAGACAGCAAAGCGCCAAUUUGACAGAACGUUCAUGAAUAAACAAACCUCACCACAUCUUCAUAA